AUGCACAUUCACUGGGCCCGGCUCUUUGCCCGAACAACUUUUAUGACUUCGGUUCGACCUGAAGCUCGCGCUGUCUCAACAUACACCGAAAAGGCUGUUACUGCGAUUCAAAGAUUAAACGACGACUUCUACAACUCUGCUACUGGUGUAUGGGACAAUGCUUGGUGGAGUAGCGCGAACAUCGUCACAAUUCUUAGCGAUUUUGCCACUUUAAAUCUCGAGGACAGCAACAAACUCAAUGUCGGAGGUAUCCUCGCUACAACAUACACCAACGCCCAAAAAACAACCAUCCACAGUAUGAAGACCAUGACCAACGGCCUCGUCAGUUCCUCCUACUGUAUAGACGCAAGCUCCGGUUGCAUGAUGAAGCGAGCAUUCAUCGGAAAGCGAGGCUUCGACAACUUUCUCAACGAGUUCUACGACGAUGAAGGAUGGUGGGCUCUGGCAUGGAUCAGAGCCUCAGAUGCUACUGGAGACGAGCAAUACCUUGAGGCUGCCAUUGACAUCUUCAACGAUAUGCAGACUGGAACUGGCACAUCUUGUGGUGGCAUAAGGUGGAAGAAGGAGGGCGAGGAGGGAUCGGGCUAUGUCAAUGCGAUUGCAAACGAACUCUAUCUCGCAACUGCUGCUUCUUUGGCACGACGUGUUCCCGGCAACAGCACAUACCUGGAUAUCGCCAAGAAGCAGUGGAACUGGUUCUCCGACAGUGGCCUCAUUAACGAAAAGGGCCUAAUCAAUGAUGGACUGACCAGCGACUGCAAGAACAACGGCCUACAGACCUGGAGUUACAAUCAGGGUGUUAUCCUGGGUGGGCUGGUUGAGCUCGCGCUGGCCACCGGCGACAAUGCAUACACCGAAAAGGCUCACAAGAUUGCCUAUGCGGCUAUCAAGGAGCUUAGCAACGACGAUGGAAUUCUCAUUGAGACUGACGACUGUGAGCUCAAGGAUGGUCACUGUGGUGUAGACGGACAGCAGUUCAAGGGUAUCUUUGUCAGAAACCUCCGAUAUCUUCACGCUGUUUCACCCAAGCGCCUGUAUCGUCGCUUCAUCACCAAGAACGCCAUAUCGAUCUGGAGGCAUGCGCGCGACGACGAGAAUAGAUUGGGAGUUUCCUGGACCGGGCCUUACGUCGAGGCCACCGGUCCUUCACACAGCAGCGCUCUGGACGCUAUUGUAGCAGCGAUUGCUGUUUCUUGA